CUCUUUCUGCCAGUUUUAUUUGUACUCCCUCUUUUUUGUUACCGAGAUUCCCACCCACGUCAGAUCCUAGUUUUGAUGCCAAGCUGGAGAUUGGCCUAUUUUACGUCUUCUGAUAUUUUUUCGUCAAGUGCAUGAGAUUCACUGAACUUCCUCUCUAUGGUCCUCUUAGAGCUCCGCCGUCUCACUGUAUGUGAUAUCCGAUUCAACUAGACUGACGGGCGUGGCGCCCUUCACUGGCAUGUCGGGGAGAUUAUCCGUCCUGAGAAUCCAUUCAUUUGCAUGCAAGGGGGACCGGUCAGCUACGUACACCUCACCAUGCCCCACCGACUUUCUUUCUCCUAUUUAAACAAGUCAGAGCUGGACCCACGACAUUGUGGACGCCUCUUUUUUGUGUUCUCCCGGCCGCCCUGGGCUCCCGCGACUUGCAAAAGGAGAUAGACUGCAAUAAGGGAGCGAAAGAUCGUCCGAUUACAACAUGUCUAUAAUGGAACUAGAACAAGAGCAGCACGAAGAUGCCCUAGACCCCGCAAAAAGAACUUCUUUACAUCCUAGCCCACCAGCUCACGAAAUCCUCGACCCCGAGAAACCUCCGCAACAUCAGCCCCGAUCCCCAUGGAACGAUGAUCCACCGCCCGAUGGUGGCGUUGCCGCUUGGUCCGUCGUUUUCGGGGCGUGGUGCGCCAUGUUCUGCAGUUUCGGAUGGAUCAACAGCAUCGGGACUUUCCAAGCUUACUACGAAACGACACUUCUACCGCAGUACUCUGCCAGUACGAUCGCGUGGAUACCGUCGUUGGAGGUGUUCUUCAUGUUCUUCAUGGGCCCCAUCGUCGGCUUUCUCAGCGACACCCUAGGCGCGCGUAUCGUCAUCACCACCGGCGCGCUCCUUCACGUCUUCGGGCUGAUGAUGGCCUCGCUGUCCACGCAGUACUACCAGAUCCUCCUGGCACAGGGCGUCUGCAGCGCCAUGGGCCUAUGCGCGAUCUUCCAGCCCUGCAUGAGUGCCAUUCCCAGCUGGUUCCGCCGGCGCCGCGGCGCCGCGUACGGGAUCAUCGCGUCGGGGUCCAGCGUGGGCGGGAUCGUCUUCCCGAUAAUGAUGAGCAGGUUGAUCGGUUCGGUGGGGUUCCCCUGGACGAUGCGCAUCGCCGCGUUCUUGAUUACGGGGCUGCUGGUCGUGACGUGUCUGACGGUCCGAGGUCGCGGGGCCGGUGCAGGGUCGGGCAAGAGACCUGCGAUGGAUCGCGAGGCGCUGUUGCGGCCGUAUCGCGAGGUGAAGAUGCGGUUCCUCGUCGCGGGAUUCGUGCUGCUGACGUUUGGGAUCUACAUCCCGACGGACUAUGUCGAGACGUCGGCCAUCAGCGACGGGAUGAGCUUGGAUUUGGCGCAGUAUGUGGUGCCGAUGGUAAAUGCGGGCAGUAUCAUAGGUCGCAUGGCCGCGGGCUUUCUCUCCGACGCCGUAGGAACGUACAAUAUCUUCCUGCUCGUCGGCGCCGUCACCGGCAUCCUGAUCCUUGGCCUCUGGAUCCCCGCCGCGACCGACGCGGAGAACAUCACCUUUGCGGUGCUCUACGGCAUCACGUCCGGCGCGUACUUCUCGCUCCCGGCGGCCCUCGUCGCGAAGCUCGCUCCGCUCCCCGAGAUCGGGUACUGGACCGGCGUGCUCUACCUCUUCUCGUCCAUUGGCGGCUUGACCACGAACCCCAUUGCCGGGGCAAUUCUGGCUCUGGACCACGGGUCGUAUACGGGCAUGAAAAUCUUCUCCGGCUUGCUGCUGCUUGCGGGGACUAUGUUGGUGCUGGUGACGAGAAUCCGGCAGACGGGGUGGGUUUUCCACGCGAAAUUCUAG